AACGUCAACAGCAGCGAUGGCUUCCGAUAUCAGCGAAUGUUGGCGAUACAUCUCGCGCAGAAAGCCUUUUUCAAAAAUAGAAUCUUCAAAUUAGCGUUUGAAAUGACCGCUGCCGAGAAAUUUGAUGAUGUGGUUUUUUAUCUCAAGGACUCGGACGAAUGGCUAUUUAUUCAGGUAAAACAUUGCCAAAAUAACGAAAAUGUGACCGCUGCUAUGCUCGACAAAACUGAUGAUGGUGAUUUUUCAUUGUUAAAGUAUUUGGAAUCGUAUUGUAAGAUUCAGGAUUUCAUGAACCCAUAUGAAGGAAGGAAAAAGAGAUUCGUUAUUUUUACCACAAGAGGAGUUAGUAAAACGUUGAUCGGUAGUUGUGAAAACGUACCUGUAGAUACAAUUUUAGAUUCUUGGAAGGAUAGCUCACAUAAUCAAUUGAUACCGGAUUCGAAAAAAAUAAUUUUAUUGUCUGAAACUACCAGUACAAAAUUUAAAGAACUGUUUAAUGCAAUUGACAGUGUAGUUUCAAAUGGAAGACUAAGCGAAAUUAUUCUUGAUUAUAGAACACCUUUAAGAAGAUUUUUUAGAUUAGCUGGUGAGGAAGUCACUCUUAUUGAUACAUUAUUUGAAGAAGAUAGCAAUCGUAAAACUAGAAAGCUGUUUGAUCUACUAAAGCAUAAAUUUAAAGGGGGGUCAAAGAUUGCUAAAACACACAUGGAUAAAAUUUUUGCCGGCGAAUCUCGACAAAAAUACUUGCCGCCAGUUGCGGAUCAGGAAACCGUAAAGCAGUUUUUCAAUGAUCUAAUAUUGUCAGUUUCACAACCCAAAAUUGAUGAUUUGCUGACCAUAAUUGAUGAGGGAAUGCUAGUGUGGAUGAAAGGUUGGAUACCACCUGAUGAUUUGGGUACGUUAACACAAAAUCAGAUAGAGCUUCCCAGACAGAAAAUUGAAAAUCUGUUUGAAUGUUGGUAUAAAGAACAAGAUGCAACGAAUGGUGGACAUAAAAAGCUCAUUACGGAACAGGAUACUCAGAAAUGGAUGAAAUCAAUCGAAAAUGAACUAAAUGAAACAAUUGAUCAAAAACACAAACGGUCUUGUGCUAGUUUGAAAGUGAUUGAAAAUUAUUAUAUCGAACGAAGAAUUUCAUGCUCCUCAAAAGGUAAUAAGUCCAAUAAGCAAAUAUUUAACCAAAUUGUAUUUGACGAAAUAAGUGAAACCAAAUUUAUUGAACAACUCUUUACCAAGUUUCAGCAUCAACAAUGUUUCAUUUUGAUUGCCGAGCCUGGUAUGGGGAAAAGUGCUCUCUGGCAAAAUAUGGCAUACUAUGCUCAAAGGAAGUACACGAAUAAGUUUGUUUUUUUACUUUAUUUAAAUAACUUUCGAGAUGAGCUCGCCACGUUAAAAACAAUUGAUGAUGUCCUUAAGGUUUUCGGGAGUUAUGUUUCAACUGCCAAUCACAAAUAUUUGAAAAAUGAAGAUACAGAAGUUAUUUUGUUUUUGGAUGCAUUUGAUGAACUGUUACCUGAAAACAUGGAUGUUUUCACAUCUGCCAUGAAUAUUUUGCUAGAAAAGAAGAAAUUGAAGCUGUUUGUGAGUGGUAGGCAAAGGGUACAGGAAAAAUUGGAAAAAAGUUUAAGUGUUGAAGCUUUGUCGGUUCUGCCAUUAAGUGAUGAGGACCAGCAAAAUUUUCUUAUCAGGUUUUGGAUUUCACAUGGAGUUUUAUCUGAUAAUAUUGAAGAAAUUUCAAAACUAUUUUUAACAAAGUUUAACAAAGGAAUUUUAAGCAAACAGUUUGAAUUUCUUGGCAAGCCGCUUUUGAUAAGAAUGUUGGCUGAUAUUUAUUUAGAUUCUAUUAAAGAUAUAAUAUCUACUGAUUGUGGCAUGGAAACCGUAUUUGAUGAUCACCUAACGAUUGUUGAUAUUUAUGACACGUUCAUAAACAAAAGUUUACGGGAGACUUAUACUAAAAUAAAUAACAUUCCUUUUGAAUCGACAAUUCCAAGAACAGGUACACAUAGUGUGAAAAACUGGAGACAUUCUUAUCAGUUGAUUGCGUUAGAAGAUCAGGUUCCUAAAAAGCUACUUGAUCUUAUUGUUGAUGAAGAUUUUAAAACGGAAGUGACUGAAAUUCGCCAAGAAAUUAUUAAUCAUAAAGAUGAAACUCUUAUCAUUGAAGUUGUUAAUAAUUGCGCUAGAUUUACUCACAUAUCGUACAGCGAGUAUUUAGUUGCUAGAUACAUUUUCGAAUACAUUGGCAAAACGGAGAAAUCAAAAUGUUGGAACAAAAUAAAUACGUAUCUCAAGCGAGCCGAGGUUGUUCGCAUUUUUAUUUUUUAAAUGAUAAAUUCAGAAAACUUUGAAAAAU